AUGCAUGUCCAAAUACGAAAAUUAAAAAUGUCCUGCAUCGAAAUCACCCCAUAUGGAGAGUAUAAGCAAUGUCAUAUACAAUGGUCACUGGGUUGCUUUGUAUUUAGAUGCAUAAUAAAAUUUAGACUUUUAACAUCCAAGGCACAAUGUAGUGUCCAACUGUUAGAUGAGCUAUAUACAUUUCCAUCGACGUGCCAAACUCACCAAAUUUUACCUCUUGACAUUCCUGUGCCUCGGUGCUGUUCUCCGAACGGGUUGUACAAGCAGCAGGACUCCGAACAACCAGACUUUAACUUGAGAGGCACGUUCUACACUGACAAGGAUGGAUUCUAUUCGUUUAUCUGCUUGGAGUCAACCGCGUAUCCUAUUCCUUAUGAUGGCCCGGCCGAUGACAUGUUGCAGUUCAUGGACAGAUACCCUAUGAGACUAUCACUCAUUCACCGGAGAGUGACACAUCCGAGCUACUACUCGUUGACCAUACAGAUCUAUAACCGUGAGGAUCCAUACACCGAAGAUGAUUCCGUAUUUACAGUCAAGGAGGACUGCGUGGUGGACUUCAUAAAGGCAGACGACAAGAUUGCAGAAGAGCACCAGGUUGAGAAAGAGUUGCAGUUCUCGGUUGCAUUAGAGUUGGAGGAUGUACAACAGGAGCGUGAAAAGAUCUACGCGCAGCAGAAGGCCUUGGAAGACCACUUGCACAAGAAAUCCCGUUUCGACACUAUUUGAGAGAAACUUAGUCUUAUGGAAAUUAUUUUUAGUGAAAUAUCUAGUGAUAUUAGC